AUGGUUACCAUGAAGGAUCUCUCAGAGAAGCAGAAAGGCCCAUGGAUCUACACUCUGUUGGACGGGCGCGCCUUAGAGGCGGUGGAACACUUGACGUUGACAGACCUGGUCAAAGAAGACGGGGCAUCUACUUUGUGGACUCUGUUGACGGCCCGGUUCCCAGAGAAGGAGUCGGAAGACCAGAUGGGCGAGGCGCUGGGCGAGGUUUUCGCUCUGUGUGCCAAAGACGGAGAGACCAUGCAACAGUGGUCGUCUCGAGUGCACGAGGUCUUCCAGAAGUGCGUCAGGAAGGCCAAGGUGCAGUUUCCAUCCCCAGCCCAAGGAUGGAUAACACUGAAUUGCGCAGGCCUUUCAGAGGAGCAGAAGGCCAUCGUGAAGGCCAAGACGCAAGGCAAGCUGGAGAUCGAGGUCGUGACAGCAGCCUUGCGGUCGUGCUUUCCUCAGUACAAGGCCAGCGCGAGCAGAGCCCGCCGACCGGUGAACACGUACCUCGUCGACCCUGACCUCGCUGUUGGCCCCGAGGACACCGUCGAGGAGACGGACGACUUCGAGGACGUCGAAGCGUUCCUCGCGGACCACGGUUUCAACGAGGCCAAGCAAGAAGCCGAGGUGUUCCAGGAGGAGGAGGCAGCUGAGGCUUUGGCUGUCACGUGGAAGGAGCGACGCAAAGAGAUCACCAAGUUGCAGCAGAAGCGCGGCUUCGGCAAGAGUGCCGAGCAGGCCAAGAGAAGUUUCCGGGUAGAAAUCGAGGAGCUGAAGAAGAGAACCAGAUGCAACCGAUGUCAUCGUUUUGGUCAUUGGGCCCGGGAGUGCAAGGCUAACCUUGGAUCGCGGGAAGGCCAUGCGACCUCGUCGACGACCUCGGCGACGAAUUCGUCAACCCACGAGGUGAUGAACGCCGACGUCCCCAAGGACUACGCAGAGAACCUUGGUGCAGGCCUCGUCUCGAGCCCUGGCUUUGGCGUCGUAGAUUCGGGUUGUGGCCGAACUCUGAUCGGCAGAGAAACCUUGUCGACCUUGAGCACGAUGCUUAGCAGUCGAGUGGACAAGGAGCCCGAAGUCUACGAGAGCACGAGUGUCUUUCGCUUUGGCAACGGGGCCACCGAGACAUCGGCCCAGGCUGUUAGAAUUCCAGUUGGGAUCUCCCAGAAGCUUGGCUUGAUUGACGCAGCGAUCAUCGAAGGAAAGGCUCCUCUCCUCCUAGGUCGCCCAACGCUGGAGCGCUUGAACGUGGUUCUGAACUUUCGCGACAAGUCUAUGCGGUUCCUAGAUCAAACCCAAGCGAUCCCUAUGCACACCAAUCCGGCAGGUCAGCUACUGAUCAAUGUGCUGGACUUUCCAGCAGACUCGCAGCAAGCGCGUGAGGGUAGCGUUGCCGACGAGCCCGACUGUGUAAAGGAGUCCUUAGAUGUGAAGCAGCAGGAGUGUCGCAACGACUCUCAGACAGCUGUAGCAGAGUUGUUCUGCUCACCGUGCUUUGCGGAGAAGGCCAGGGCACAGGGGGGCACUGGGCUAUCUUUUAGCGUCGAGCAAGGGUGUGAUCUUCUAGAUGAGCAGACGCAGCACGAAGUGAGCAAGCUGCUGGAUACAGCGUGUCCGGAGCUUCUGUUGGCCUGCCCUCCGUGUGUGCGGUCGAACAGGUGUCUGCUGACCCCCGUUGAGCGGGCGCGUCUCGCCAGAACAGCCCGUCAGCAGGUGAAGUUUUGUGUGCAAGAAAUCCAUAGGCAGCUCAAGCGCGGAGGCCAAUUCCUUUUUGAGCAUGCGUUGAACUCUCCGGUGUGGAAGCUCCCUGAAGUGCAGCUUCCAGUACAGAAGGCCACCGGAAUCAUCUCGUCUCACCCAUCCGUGGGCGAGGCAUUCGUAGAAGCCGUCUGGACACAUUUAGGUCCACCGAAGGUGUUGGUUUUGGAUCCAGCCCGGCCUAAUCUAGGCGAGGUUCUUGCAGAGUUCUGCAAUAAUCAGGGUAUAGCGGUUGAGCAAACUGCGACUGGAUCGCAUUGGCAGUUGGGGAAGGUUGAAAGACAUGGAGGCUGGUUCCAGAACAUCCUGCAGCGUGUCCUUGACGACGUGCGCCCAACGUCGGAAGAGGAAUACCUCACGUGCAUAGUGCAAACGCAGUCAGCAAAGAACAGUCUUUUGACCGAAGCUGGCGCCAGUCCGUACCAAUACGUCUUCGGCCGCAAUCCGCGAGUACCUACAGAUCUCCUCCAGGAUGCACCUGAUCUUGCAGCUUCCGACGCUGUUGCAUCCGAUCCGUCGUGUCAGCAUGCUCAUGUUGUGCGUCAGACUGCCCGUCGCGCCGUUUUAGAGUGCCAAGACGACCGUGCUCUGCGAGCAGCGUUGCGUGCGCGCCCACGCGUACACCGCGAGUUUCAGUCCGGAGACUGGGUUUACUACUGGCGUACCCAGAAAUCCUUAGACGGCACUAGAAUAGAGGGGGGGAGAUGGUAUGGCGCUGCUAUGGUUUUAGGACGUGUAGGGCGCAACCUUGUGGUAGCACACAAGCGCUCGAUCAUGCGCUGUUCUCCUGAGCAGUUGCGCCCGGCCACUGACGAGGAAUCCACCGUGGCUGUCUUUCCUGACAACGAGCUUCUAGGCAUACGGGUGCUUCUCGAAAAAGGGCAGUUUCCUCGCAGUCAAUUCAUCGAUUUGGUCGGGCAGCCCGAGGCCCCAAACCCCAUCGAGCCUGACGGUAAUCCGGCAGCUGCAGACCUAGGGCAUGCAAUGAGUGCGGGACAACUCUUUGAAGGCCGCCACGAAGCACAGAUCCCUGCAAAUCGGUCCGAGACGCGAGCCGAACCACAGCUAGUGCAGGCCCUGAACGCAGCCCUAGAGGUGAAAGCACCAAGCGUGAAGCUAGUCGUGAGCCAGGUGACGUCCCUGCCCCUCUAUGCUGAACAGCCCGAAGGGGGAAUUCCUGGUUUGGACCCGGAGGAUGUGCUGGAGGUCACAGGCAAUAUGUAUGGAGCAAACAACGCGCCGCAAGAAUGGUAUCGAGCUUUCGAUGCCGAGGCUCGUUUUCCGUAUCGCAAGUGGCGUGUUGGCAAUGGGGAGUUCUGCGGUGUGGUGUACUCUCAGGACCAAGCCACGUUUGAGAUCACUUUCCAGCAGAAAGAGUAUGCCAGACACUUGCGACCGAUCGCCCUCACCAAGGAGCGACGGAAGGACCGAGAGGCUCUAGCGACGCCCAAGGAGGUCGCGGCCCUCCGUGCUGUCAAUGGCGCUGCAAAUUGGUUGAGCGGACAGUCGCGUCCCGAUUUGGCUGUUCAGACGUCUUUCUCACAGCAGUCUUUUCCCGAACCACGCGUCAAGGAUCUUCUAGCCGCAAACCAACUCGUGCAACGUGCCAAGCAGCAUGCAGAGGUAAGCAUCACUGUGCGUGACAUCGCCCUAGAUCAGUUAGCCAUUGCCUUCCAUAGCGACGCAGGCUUUGCCAAUGCAGGUGCUAAUGGCACACAAGCCGGAUAUCUCCUUGCUUUCGUGCAUCGCCGGCUGGAUCGGGAUCAAGAGUCAAAUUGGUCGCCGUUUUGUUGGAAGUCGUACAAGAUGGCAAGGGUCGUAGCGUCUACGCUAGCCGGAGAGGCACAGGCUUUUGCAUCCGCCAGUGGGCUGGCAGAAUGGGUCAGCCUAAUGACCUAUGAAGCUGUGCACGGCGCAAUUGACCUUCGUGAGUCGGCAUCCAUGCUAGGAGGCUCCGCGAAUUUGCAUAGCACUUUCGCCCAGAGCGUUCGUGAGACACGUUUUGCUCUUCAGUCC